AUACCAAACCACACCCAUCCUUCUCAUCUUGGCAUCCCAAAGCCAAAUCACAAUAAAACAAUUCCUUUAUCCAAAAAUUGAGGUUUCAUAUAUUCAUCCUUCUAUGAAAUCUCAAUUCUUUUAUUCUACAAAAAGAAAAAAAAAAAUAGUUUUGUUUUAAUUUCUUCAUUCUAGUUUAUUUGUAGAUUUUAUAAAUCUUGUUAGUUUUUGUUUUUUUUGAAAAACUAAAUCUUGUUAGUUGUUACUGCUAUUGUUGUAUGUUUGUGAAAUUUGUAUUUUGGUUGGCUUGAAAAUUUUGUUGUUCGAAGAUGGCUGUGGAUGGUGCGAAAAUUGUGGAGGAAACCGCCCCUUGCGGCGGCUCUGCGCCGGGCUCCCCCCUGAACAAGAUCAAAUUCAUGUGCAGCCACGGCGGUAAGAUUCUCCUCCGCGGGGGAGAUUGUCAUCUCAAAUACGCCGGUGGUGAGACCCGCGUCAUCUCUGUGCCGCGAGACAUUAAACUUGAAGAACUGAUGAAGAAGCUUAUGUACCCGAUAGAGGGAGGAGAUAUGGUGCUGAAGUAUCAGAUAUUCCCGGAAGACCUAGAUGCCCUGGUGUCAGUCAAAUCCGACGAGGACCUCCGGCACAUGAUGGAGGAGCACGAGCGUUGCGAGGCGGCAGGGGCGCCGAAGCUUCGGGCGUUCCUCUUCCCUGCAAAGCCGGUGGUGUUAGAUCACCAUGGUAAUCCCCGCGCAGCAGAGGCAUUAGAGCAGUGUUACGUUGAUGCGAUCAAUGGCAAGCCUCUUCCUUCUAAAACGGUUUUCAGCGUCUCCUCAGCCUGUUCACCUCCGACAUCUCCUGAAAGCUGCACAAAUGAUGCCCCAAAUCAUGAUCAAGUUAUGAUUAAUGUCAGUUACAGUAUGCAUAAAGUUCAAAGCAUGCCUAGUAUUUAUAACAUUGGCGGUCAGCCGCAAAGCAGCAGCAGCCAUUAUAUUCCUGCACACCAACAAUUCUCUCACCAACAUCAUCUUCAUCCUUAUUAUUACAACUCCAGACAGCAAAUGUAUCAAGGGAAUCAGUCAGCCAAGCUGCCUUUUGAUCUGCCCAGAGGGUCCGAGAGGCUCAUUUCGGUUAGGUCAGCCAACAGGGUUGACGGAACAAGUCACCAAGCGGAUCACAACCCUCAUUAUAACAACUACUACUCCCCAUCUAGGCAUAGCCGAGGCAGUGGUUGCACAAGAUGUUUGGCUCCUUUUGAUGAUUGCAGGCAGUUUUACAAUAGAUGCGACAGAGCAGCUGGGGGUCCAUCUCCAAGCCCUCUUAUUCUCUGAGCCCUGACAGGGCUCAUGGCCACGGUGGUGGUACUCCCAAGCCGCCAUGGUUGACAACCUGCAUACUUAAGUGCACAUAUACUGGUGUGUAUAUUUGCUUGUUUAUAGGAGAAGACUAGGUUAACGUUUUAAAUUGGGAUAGUAUAUAGCUGAAAGGAGAGAGAGAGAGAGAGAAUUACCAAUGAAGGAGAUUUGUUGAAUUGUGGAUAGUUUAUAGGAGCCACUCACCAAGACAGCUUCUUGGACUAGAUUAGAAGUACCUGUAUGUGCUUCAUGUGCAGUUGAAUUUUGAGAAUUUUUUGCAUUCU